GUAAUUGUAACUCUCCCGCAGGACACAUCAAAAAACCCCGAAACAGGUUAUUCAGUGUUUGAUAAUAUAGAUAUUGAUGUUUGUAAUAGUUCUAGCCUAUUCCUCAUUCUUUUUGUUUUUUUUCUAAUAAAUUAGAAAUUUCCCUCGUGACUUGUGAGGAAGGCUUCUUAAUGUUAAUUUCCUUACCUUUAAAAUAAAAAUUAAAAAAUAAAAAAUACUUAGUACUAUAAGUCUACAAGUACUUGUAGUCUUGUACAAGUAGAACUUAAGAUUUGGCGGUCUUAUUUGGUGCAAUAUCUAUUUGCCCUAGAAUUUCCCCCAAUUCCUCAAAACUUAGAUUUCAAGUUUUUUUUCUUGAUUUUAAUUUCUUAUCGCUUUUCUUAAUUCUUUCAUGAAUUGAAAAUUUUAUCCCAAUUUGAUAUUUCGCUGUGGUUCGCGUUAUGUGAUCAUGGCGAGAAUUCACUUUUCUCCCGCUUUCAAUUUGUCGGAAGACGGAAAAUUAGGGUUUCGUCGGCCCGAAUCGGAUCCCCAAUUCAAUUGGCGCAACAAUCCGAAUAUUGCUUCAUAUCGCGAACUCGUUAGAAACAGAAUCCAGGUGUUUCUUGCCCAAUAUGCAUUUCAGCAGUAUGCGUUGCGAAUCCCUUUGCUUGCUGCCAGCCUGGAAAAUCAAAUCUUCAUGGAUGCUCUUUCCGAGAAUGACUACCUGGAUCAACAGAAUUUUCUUGAUCGCCUUAUGAAGGUAAUUAAAUGGAGUUGGGAUUUCACUCAGCAUGAAGCAAUGCAUGCCACUACAUCGCUACCAAAAAAUGUUUCUGCUUCAACCCUUGCAACGAAAAGUAUUUUUUGCACUAAGUUUGAUAAGCCACACUGUGAUCAUUAUGUUAGUGAUGAUGCUUGCUGUAAGUUGGAUCAUGCACCAAAACUUUUAGCUGAUGUACCCAGGAGUAGUAUAUAUGGAUCACAAAAAUGUAUAUUGGACGCCAAUGUGUGGCAACCUGAGCUGGUGCUACCUAAUAAUUAUUCUUCUGGGAUGGGAUUUUUUAAUGCUGAUUCUGGUGAUAGUGAAAUUACCUAUUCUGGAAGUGGAUUGCAGUAUGAUUCUGAGGCAUCCUUCGAGAGUCAUUGCAACCAAUACCAAAACUCUGCCAAAGGUGAAACAAAUUUCAACAUCUUUAGUGACCAGAAUGAUCCUUCUUUGCAUUCACCUGCUACGGUGAGGGAGAACUUGAAAUUCGAAGUGUCCACUGCCUCUGAUGAUUUGCAUAUGCGACAGCCAGUUCUGGGACCCCUGCAGUUUAAUCAACAGCUCUUACAUUGUGAUGGACUCUUUGAGGAGAUUACUGUAGGAAGCUUACCAGUGCAAAAUAGAAAUUUGUAUACCUCUCUGUGUGCCACAUCAACCCCUAGAGAUACACAGCAGCUUUCUAAGCAGACGGAGAAUCUCAAAAUCCUGUACAGUUAUAUGAAUUACAAAAAAGAUGGGCAUAUAGUUCCCUUUUUGGAAUACAUACAUUCAAUGAAGUGCAAAUAUGGCUGUGAAUGUGAGACAUAUAGGGGGUUGCUUACACAUUAUGACAAUUGUGGCUCUGCUGACUGCGAUACUUGUGGAUCUGCUGCAAAGGGUUUUAUGCAACCUGGAUUAAGAAAUCAAGGAAAUGGCUUUGUUAGGUCGACACAUGGUAAUGAUUCUGGCAAGAUAGUCCGUGCUAACACUUCUGAAGACUUCAUAUACUCUACAAAAUUAAGGAAGUUGGAUUCGUCUCCUAGACGUGAUUCACCAUGUGAUGUUUCUGCGUUAAGUGAGGAGCCAUUCAGUCCUUCAGGACCUUUGAACUUUGAGCAACUGUCUAAAUCCCCAAUAAUGGCUACUCCCUUUAACCCAGGGGAAAAUGUUGAUAUUACCACUAGUCAUACUGAUGAUGUUUUAAGAAUUAGUGAAUCUGACAACAGUCAUCUGGACGAUGCUAUGGGAUUUAAAUCUGGGGAUGCUAUCACUCCUUCUGAAGGCCCAUCUUCUGAUUGUUCGCAGAAGGUUGAAAGAGUCUCUUGUCAUAUUGAUGAUGCUGCAAGAAUUAGUCUACAAGGCAAUGGUGUCAUUGCCUUGUGUGAUACUCGUGGAAGUAACUCUGAUGAUGCUACCAAUUUUGCCGAUGAUCCAUCUGCUUUUUUCUGCCAGAAGGAGAUUGAACCUGUAGUCAAUGAACUCAAAGAUACAGUUUCUGAUCCUGGUUGUGAUUUGCCAUCUGAUUAUGUUCCAAACCUGUUUGAAGACAAGUCUAUUGCUCAAAAGGUAGAGUUUAUACCGCGGAGUGAUUCAGAAGAAAUUCAUCAGAUAGCUGGUUCCAGGACUCGGAUGAAGGGAUUUAAAUCUGGGGAUGCUAUCAUUCCUUCUGAAGGCCCGUCUUCUGAUUGUUUGCAGAAGGUUGAAAGUGUCUCUUGUCAUAUUGAUGAUGCUGCAAGAAUUAGUCAACAAGGCAAUGACGCCAUUGCCUUGUAUGAUACUUGUGGAAGUAACUCUGAUGAUGCUACCAAUUUUGCCCAUGAUCCAUCUGCUGAUUCCUGUCAGAAGGAGAUUGAACCUGUAGUCAAUGAACUCAAAGAUACAGUUUCUGACCCUGGUUGUGAUUUGCCAUCUGAUUAUGUUCCAAACCUGUUUGAAGACAAGUCUAUUGCUCAAAAGGUAGAGUUUAUACCGCAGAGUGAUUCAGAAGAAAUUCAUCAGAUAGCUGGUUCCAGGACUCGGAUGAGGUCAGAAAAACAAAAGUUGGAUGGCAUCAGUUUAAUUGACUUUUUUCACGCCUGAGGAAAUCAAACGACAUUUGUCUAGUCUCAAGCAGAGAGAUGAACAGGGCAUAGCUGGAAAAAUGGCUGAAAAUGGAGCAAGCUGUUCACUCAGUGAAAACUUCUGCCAGCUAUGUGCCUUGCCUCAGCUUGCAUUUUCACCAAUGCCGCUGUAUUGUUUAUUCUGCGGGGCACGUAUAAAGAAC